AUGGUCCAAGGUUCAAGUUUCAAAUGCAUCUUAAGAGCGAAGCAGCAGCUGCAUCAUUGCUGUUCGAACAUUGUGGACUUUGGGAUUGGUGUGCAGCGACAAAAAUGGAAAAGGCAUGUGACUCUGGUCAAGGUUGCUGAAGGAAUCGACUUUGAUCGACAUUAUGGCCGUUGUGUCGUUCUGUUUGGUGUGCCCUUCCAAUACACAUUGUCGAGGGAGCUGAGAGCCAGGUUGGAGUUCCUCCGUCAGCACUAUGAUAUCAAGGAGUCCGAAUUUCUAAAUUUUGACGCGAUGCGGCAAGCAUCACAGUGUCUAGGCCGAGUCAUUCGUUCCAAACGUGACUACGGUGUGAUGAUUUUUGCAGACCAGCGGUAUGCUAGAAGCGAUAAGCGCUCAAAAAUCCCAGAUUGGAUCCGGCAUUUCUUGGAGCCAGGGCAUGUUUUUAUGGCCACGGACCUUGCAGUGGAAGCAGCUGGAAACUUUUUAUUGCAGAUGUCUCAACCAUAUGAAGAGAAGAAGGGCAUUGGAGCUUCCGUUCUGACGCCAGAAGCACUCAAGGAUGACUUGUGGGCUGAUCAGCGUAUGACCUGUGUGGCCAACCCAACGGAGACGAUGAGAGACACCAAACAAACAAACCAUGACAUGUAG